CAGGAAGUUAUGUAGAGUGAUUUAAACUGAAUUUAAACAUAACCGCGGGGAAAAAGAACAUCUAGCAUUUCUGUUUGGUAUAUAUAUAUAUAUUCCUAUCCCUCUUGUAAGAUAAGAGCUGGCUGUCUCUCGUUAGCUAUCUUUUAUUGGCUGGAAGACGUAAACGUCUCCUCCCCGUGUUGUUGUCACUGAUCAGAACAGGGAUGUGAAAGAAGUCGAAACUCUGGGAACACGCUAGAAAUACACGCUGACGAGAGAAAAGCAAUCCGCCCAGGACUCAAAUGAGGGAAGACGCGUUUCAAGGAUGUUUCUGUUCCUGUCCCUGCUGAUCCUCUGUGCGCCACUAGGGGGCCAAACCUCAUUGAUCAGCUGUUACAACGACAAAGGAGAUGCUGUUGAUUGGUUUUACAUCUACAAGCUCCCUAAAGAACAUGGUGGGAAAUCUCCCGAACGGGGCGAGAUGUAUUUGCUGAUGGACAAAGGGAGCGAAGGAUGGACUGAGGGGAAGGGGACAGUGAAUGACACGACGGGAGCCCUGGGUCAGACCGUCGGGCAGCUCUACUCGCAGGGAAAGAAUACAGAGGUCGCGUACAUCCUCUACAACGAUCAGCCGCCAACCGAGGACUUUGGUGACAGAUGGGACGACAACAGUGGAAGCAGAGGGGGGCACACGAAAGGUGUGGUUCUGGUGGAUAAAAAUCAGGGCUUCUGGUUGGUCCACAGCACCCCUCGGUUCCCUCCACCACGACAGGAAGGGCAGUAUUAUUACCCCAGCAGUGGUGUGACCAACGGGCAAAACUUCAUCUGUGUGACCUACCCACUGGAGCGCUUCCAGACCAUCGGAGAGCAGCUCCAGAUCAAUCAGCCCGACGUGUAUGACUGCGACGUCCCGGAGUCCUUGGCGUCCCUGGUGCCCGCUCUGGCUGCCGUCUGUGAAAAGAAACAUCUGCCCAGUCAAGUCUUUCCACAUUUCAAACCAGCGGCCAACCGCAGCGUGACCCUGACCUCCAAGGGCGGCACCGACUUCAUCAGCUUUGCCAAAGGAGCAGCUUUUGAUGGCGACCUGUACCACUCAUGGGUGGCCCCCACCCUCCAGACGGACCUCCUGGUCCAGUUCUGGGUUCGCUCCACGGGCGUCCUCCCGUCCGACUGCUCGCUGGGCUGGAAAGUCCUGGACAUCACGCUCAUCAAGCCGGGGGAGACGUUCUCCUUCAAGGCCAGCCAGGACCACUCCAAGUGGGCCGUCAGCCCCGGGGAGGCGGGGCGGAGGUCCGGAGGAGGGUGGGUGUGCGUGGGCGACAUAAACCGGAACGAGGCGGAGGAGAAGCGGGGCGGGGGGACGGUUUGUCUGCAGGACCCGGUGGUGUGGAAGGCCUACCGGACGGCAGCGCUGGAGUGUGAGGCUUGCGGAGGAGGGACGGGCCCUUGUUGACGCUCUGCAGCGCUUUGGUUUUGGGGAUGAUAUGACUCAAAAGUACCAAUAUUUAGCAUUUAAAAUCAAAAAGAAUUGCAUUUCGUUGAUUAACUGAAAGUUCCUCUGUGGCUUUAGUCGUUUUUUCCAUCACUAGCUGCACGUUCCACACACUUAUGCAGUCGUGAGCUGGAAGAGGACGCUCUUAACUUCAUUCUCCUCAUGUGAGUGUGUACGACAUUUAUUUUUUAUUUUUACGUGUGGACGAUGCUGCACCACUGACCAACAGGGGGAAGAAAUGUGCCACAAAACACAAGAGAGACACUAAAUGAAAAGUCUGCAUGCUAGUUAUCAUAAUGCAAGUAACGAGGGGAAUGAAAUGAGUUCUGCACGUUUGUUAAGACGCAAGGAUUUACUGUACAAACCCAUAGAAACUGUGUUAACGAGGAAACUCCACAGGGAACCUUUAAGUGUUUCUAGAAUUAACAACUUGGUUCAAAUUGCACAAAAACUUUUUAAUUUCUCUGGCAGUGUAUGUGUUUGCAUAACUGAAAUAAUCCUAAAUAAUUAGGAUUUUAAUUCUAAUCUGCCUCAUCUGGACUGUGCGAGUGUUUUAUAUAUUUUUAAAGAUUCGAUUACCAGCGACCAAACAACCCUUAACUUCUGAUGGAGAAAAUGUGUUAAUUUACCUCUUUACGUGUAACGCACACAGAGCAGCGCUGGAGGAGGAAAAGUCGUGAGUUCUGGCAGGAAGCUGUGGGGGUUUGGGGAAAAUUUAUUUUCAUUUUACGGUAAAAUGCUGGUUCUGUUUAAGUGAAACUGAAGCUGACGUUGGAAACUGGUUGAGUUGCUGCUUUACUACAUAGAUUCUAUAGAGUUUUCCAGUUGUAUUAACUGUAUGGGAUUAAUUGCACUGUGUAAUAUUGAGUUAGCAUUUCAUCGGCAGACGCCGACAACCUUGAGGGAAGAGGGAGUCUUUAACACUUUCUGAAGGUUUGUGUUAUUAGUUUUUAUAUUUGCAUCACAUUUCUGCAUUCAUUCCUUCUGGCCUUGAUUUUGCUUGAAAAAUAAAAAUGCUGAGUGACUUGGAUUUAAA